AUGUUCUCUGCUAAUGAUGCCGGAUACAACUGGGUCGAUGAGAUGGAUGUAUCACCAGCUUCUUCGCACCAAAGUGGGUUUGAGAGGUUCGGGGCGAUGAUGAUCAAGAACGCGGGGGUUGCGACGCAAACGGGGGGUUCUACUGGCAGAAAUGACGCUGUCAUCAACACUGGUGUGGAAGCACCCGGGCAACUGGUUGAAGAAGGUAGUUCGACUAUGCGUGUGAAACGCAUUGUUGACAGCUCAGAAAUUCUGAGCCAGUACCACCGCGAUGCCCUCUACCUCGAGCAAGACAUACGGUUCCUAGAGCACAAGCUUGGUUGUGAGAUGAAAGAAUUGAAGGAGUUGCGCAAAACAUUCGAUGAUUGGGGUUCCAGGAUGAAGAAGUUUCGCAUGGUUAGUCAGUGCGAUUCCUUCACGCAAGUGGGAUCAACAGACAUGCCCGAGCAGCAUCCCACUUGA